AUGCGUGGGAAUCAAGCACCCUUGCUGACAAGGAUAUUCUCGACAGAUACCGGUACUACCGCGUCCACUUCAACCCAAGAAAAUGCUACCCAAAUUGUGAGCAACCUCCAGAAUCAAACGACCCGUACCGGUACACAUGAUAAUCAGCAAGUCCAUCGGAACAAGAAAAAGGAGAAGCGAUUUAACGAAGCACGCAACAAACGUCGCAAGCUGAUUGGAUUGGCCAAAGCUAUGGAUCAUGGUCAACCAGGAAUCGUCACAUACCAAUUGCCGCGACACUCGGAAACAAAAGACUAUUUGGCUGCCUCUGGGUUGCCGGAUCGAACUCGUCCCUUUACCGUCUUGGGCAUUGAAAGCAGUUGCGACGAUACCGGUGCUGCCGUGGUUCGUAGUGAUGGAGUCAUUCUCGGAGAAGCUCUGGCUUCGCAGGGUGACAUUCACGAACAAUGGGGUGGCGUCGUGCCAGGAUUGGCCCGAGAUGCCCAUGAGGACGCCAUUGAUCGCAUUGUAGAUUUGGCCGUCGAACGAGCAGGAUUUUCUUCCAUUCAGGAAAUCGAUGCCAUUGGCGUUACCAUAGGACCCGGAUUGGAAAUAUGUUUACGAGUGGGAGCUACCAAGGCCAGAGAACUGGCACAAACAUUUCAAAAACCGUUUGUGGGAGUACAUCAUUUGGAAGCUCAUAUUCUCAUGGCAAGAUUGCCACUGGAGGAAGCAUCGCCGUCGACAGCAACAACCAACAAUUUUGUAUUCCCUGCCACCGAUCUAGUGCACGAGACUGUACGCACCAUGCAGUUCCCAUUCUUGGCACUACUGGUUUCUGGAGGACACUGUCAGAUCAUGAAGUGUCUCGAUAUUGGCAAAUACUCCAUCAUUGGGGGCACAUUAGAUGAUUCCCUGGGGGAAGCUUAUGAUAAGGUAGCUCGUCUUCUUGGUCUACCAGUUGGAGGGGGAGGCGGACCGGCUGUCGAAGCCUUGGCCAAACAAGGGGAUCCCACUGCUGUUCCACUGCCCAUUCCACUCCGGAACCGCAAAGACUGCGAUUUCAGUUUUGCAGGUCUCAAAACAGCCGUUCGGAGAGCGGCCGAAAAGAUUUGUGACACGGAAAUGGAUGGGAACCUGGAAGACUUGUUGACGGAUCAAGACAAGGCCAACAUUGCUGCCUCCUUUCAAAAUGUGGCCAUUAAACACAUUGAACAACGACUAGAACGUGCUAUGAAAAUGGUGGAACAGGAAGAACAAGAACAGGGUGGUUCUAAAAUAAGAAGUCUUGCUGUGGUGGGGGGCGUUGCUGCCAACCAGGAACUACGAGCACGGCUGGAAACAUUGUGUGAGCGUUGUUCUUCCAGUCAAGACAAUGACGACGAUGAAGAAGAUCGAUGGAAGAUGUUUGUCCCUCCACCGAGAUUAUGUACGGAUCAAGGCAGCAUGAGUGCCUGGGCAGCCAUUGAACGAAUCAUGGUGGGAAGUACCGAUGAUCCAACCAGCCGCGACGUCUAUGCAAGGUAUCCUUUUUCUUUGGAACAUGAAGCCAAAUAG